CCGGCCGGCGAAAAGUAGGCCGGAACCAAAGCCCGGGUCCUGACAGCCGGGCUGCCCGUGCUGUGUCCUGCGGAGGGAUGCGCGUCUUUGUGAGCGCUUAUAAAGCGACGUGAUACCGUUGUACUGCUGGAAAGCGUCCCGCAGACCCUCUCUGCUCCGCCCUUCCCCGUGUCCCUCUGCUCUUUUACCAGAGCACUCUGCGUGUCCUUACUGUCUGCUUCUUUCCUUCCUCAAUAUAGACGCUCAGAGAAGUAUGUUGGGAAUAAUGUGUUUUGUAAUCGACCAGCUGUACUGGUGAGAGUGACUUUAUAGGAUACAAACUGCCUGCAAGAAGUAGAGUUGGCCUCUGUAAGGCUAGGCUGAGCUGAACCACAAAACGUCUUUUCUCUCAAUCACAGACACUUAAUGUAUGUAUUGCUGUAUCACAGGUGCUAAGGACACGUCUGAACCGCCAUGUAUCUCAAAAAGCUUUGAAUGGACCUGAGCCUUCCUCCUUGAUUUCUGCAUUAUCUGACACUCCCAGGAAGACUUCAUUUCCUUUUUAUUGCUAAGCCACAAAGCCUGCAAACAUGUCACUGGAUGACAUCCACAUGAGCACAGAGGAUUUGAUAGACAAACAACAAUUAGAUGCUGGAGGAUAUGGAAAAAUUUCGUUAUGCCUUCACAGGAUAUAUGGAUACGUAGUAUUAAAAACAGUGUAUACAGGACCCCAGCGCACUGAAUGUAAUGCUUCCCUCCUUGAAGAAGGCAGGAUUAUGCGCAAUCUGCAGCACGACCGUGUGGUAAAACUACUAGGUGUAAUUUUGGAAGAUGGAAACUACUCACUUGUGAUGGAGUAUGUGCACCGGGGCAACAUGAUGAAAGUGCUCCAAAAACUCCCAAUACCUCUGUCAGUGAAAGGGCGUUUCAUCCUGGAGAUCAUAGAAGGAAUGCUUUAUCUACACGGGCAAGGCUUAGUGCACAAAGACCUAAAACCAGAAAACAUCCUUGUGGAUAAAGACUUCCACAUUAAGAUUGCAGAUCUUGGUGUUGCUUCCUUUAAGAACUGGAGCCGGCUGACCACAGAAGAGACCAGCAGACAGAAGAAAAUCAAGAGCGCUUCCCAGAACAACGCCGGGACCCUUUUCUAUAUGGCCCCAGAGCACUUAGAUGAUGUUAACGUAAAACCUGUGGAGAAAUCAGAUAUUUACAGCUUUGGCAUUGUAAUUUGGGCAAUUUUUGCUAACAAAGAGCCAUAUGAGAAUUGUAUAAAUGAAGCCCAUAUUUACUUUGGAAUCAUUCGUGGAAACAGACCAGACGUAGAAGAAAUCAUUGAGGAAUGUCCAAAGGAAAUUAUUGACUUAAUGAAACAAUGCUGGGAGCAGAAGGCAGAGGAUCGGCCGACCUUCGCAGAAGUUAGUAAUAAGUACAUGCCCUUUUACUACCAAAAUCUAGAAAAAAAUAUUGAAGAUGAUCUGAAGAAGAUGGAAGAAAUGUGGCCCGAGUCAGAAGAGUUGCUGCAGAGGAUGAAAUCCCUUCAAAUAGAUGCUGUAGUGGUAGAUACCAGUAAUGGCCAAAUAGAUCAACCUAAUUCUCUACACAGCUCUCAGGGUCAGAUUAACGAAGCCUUGUUUGCUGCCUGCCCUGAGAACCAGCCUGUUGAGAGCUGUGAGACUUCGUUUACAUCCUCUGACAAUCUAGAAAGAAAACUGGAACGCGAAUACGACUACCAUGCAUUUGGCAGCCGGAUGGAUAAAUCAGUAGUUCCACCAUACACCCCUGAAAUGAGAGAGAGAGAAAGGAGACAAAAAGUUGCCAACGAUCCAUUUGCAAAGCUGCCUUCUGUUUCUCAGCGGAGUGAACAUUAUCACAAAGCUGAAAAUAUGGGGUCAAACACUAACCCUUGGUUUUUGCCAAAACGAGCUGCAAUGCCAACAUGGGGAAAUUUCGAUCAUUUUUAUGGGCCAAAUGUUAACAGCCUCCUAACAGGAAACACAGAAGAUCUCUAUGAUCCCUGCUCAACCAGUGCCUUUAGCCUAAGCAAAACUCCGGUGCCGGAAUCUCGCCCAAACCUGGGGGCACAGAGCAGCAUAAACCAGCAACAAAAGAAUGCAGACAUGGAUACAGAAGAUUCAGUCAUGUACAACAUAACUAACAGCUCCGGAAUUCAAAUUGGAUCCCACAAUCACAUGAAGAUUGAAGAGCAGAAUCAACACAUCAGCACUUCUCCUGUUGCUACAGGAGCAUCUUACUUAUACUAUGAAUCAACGGGUAUAUUUGACAAUAAUACUGUCCUGACUGAGAAACAGCUGAAUCUAGUGAGAGAAAAGCUAGCUAAGCAGUGGAAGCACUGUGCCCGUAAACUAGGCUUCAGCAACUCUGAAAUUGAUGAAAUUGAUCACGACUAUGAACGGGAUGGACUAAAAGAAAAAGUUUACCAAAUGCUGCGUAAGUGGGAAAUGAGGGAAGGCUCCAAAGGUGCUACAGUUGGAAAAAUUGCCAGAGCCCUCUUUGGCUGCCAAAGACUGGAUCUCCUUACUUGCUUGAUGCAAAUGAAUGAGGAAUAAAUUGACUGAAGCUGGAGAGGGAGGCACACAGGAUGUUUUUACCUGAAGACUUCCAAUAACAAAUAAUUCUGAACAGACUUUCUGGAGCUUUUUGCACACUUUUCCUCUUUGGAAUGGAUUUUUCUGCCAAGCAGUUUUCAGUGAAUACCUCCAGCAACUCUAAAAGUUUGUGUCAAGAUAAUGAGGUCUUCCAGAUGUUAAAAUUUGGUAUUUCCCUUCCGGGAGGGAAGAUUAAAAACAAAAAAUUUUCCAAACAUUAGACAGAGGCAUUAAUACUACUGAUUUGAGGAAAUUAAAUUAUACGGAAUCCCCAGUCUAUCUUUAAGUAUGAUGAACUCUUCUUUGGUUCUGAACAGAAAGUAUGUCAUUUCAGCAAUGCUAAUGGAUCAGCACAAACAUGAAAGACUGGCUCACUGUUUGAAAGACGUGGACAGAAAGCAAAAUCAACCCUUAGAUCUUGCCAAUACUUACAAGGCUACUACUGUCCCAGACUGCUUUAAGUUAAUGUGCUAUUAUUUUUAUAUCUUUUUAUAAUGUUCAUUAUAUAUCUAGAACUCUGCUGAAUAGAAGUGUGAAUAAAAGCAGGAAUGAUUUUUUUUUUUUGGUUGAAAAAGUGUGUAAUUGGUAAAAUAGUCUUCUUUCAUGGGUUAACAUUGCAUUAGAUUUUGUGCUGCUUGGUAGAGAAGAUUUUAUGGGAGUAAUCUCUGCUCUGCUUUAUUACAUGGGAAAAACAAUCAUUAUGCAAUCCAAAAUAAAGACCUGGGAAACAC